AUGUUUUGGCGCUUGGCCAUCCUCGCCAUUGGCGCCGGUCUACUCUUUGGGGUGGACUUGGCAUCCAUUGGGGCGGCGGUGGAGGCGAUGUCCAAGGAGCUGGACUUGGAUAAGAAACAGACGGAGUGGGUCGUCUCCGGUGCGAAAGGUGGUGCUAUAUUUGGCAGCCUCUUUGGCGGAGCGCUCAUUAUGUCACGGGGUAGGCGGAUGAUCAUCGGCUGGGCCGCGAUACCGAGCAUGAUCGGACCAAUUCUUGUAUUCACGGCCCACAGCCUGCCACAGCUGAUAGUGGGACGGAUCCUGAUGGGAGUUGGCAUCGGCCUUGCAUCCGUUGCCACGCCCAGCUACUUGAGUGAGGUGGUGCUACCGGAGCAGCGAGGACUCUUCGAGGCCAUGUACGAACUGGGCAUCGCCGCGGGAAUGCUGCUGGCAGCCUCGGCCAAUGCGCUCAUCCAGAUGGUGGGCACCGAGUCCGUGUGGCGAUAUCAGGCUGGAUGCGUGCCCUUUGUCUUUGCCUUCCCAGUGCUCAUGGUUGUCUGCACCGUGCCGGAGUCUCCCAGGUGGAUGUUGCAGACAAAAGGAUCCAGCCCUUCCUCCUUGCUGGCCGUGCUGGAGGAGAUCGAACGCCUAAGGCGGCCUGGAGCUGACAAGCGGUUGGAAACGUGGCGUUCCGGCGGCAGGGGUGGCCUUGAAGAGAGUGACGACGCCGAAGAUGAUGAUGACCUAAUUCGUCUGUGGGAUGAAAAGCAUCACGCAGCCGGUACUCCACUGUUCAGAUCUGACAGCGUGCUGGAGGAGAAGGAUGAAACGGUCCGCCUUCGCACGCUGCCGAUCCUGAAGCGCACGCUGGGAGACGCUUGCGCCAUCAUCGUGGGCUCGCACAAGGUGCCUGCUGGAGCCCGGCGCGGCCUCGGGUUGGCACUGGCCGCGGCAGUCCUUGACCAGGCUUGCGCAUCGACUUCGAUCCUCAUCUAUGCACAGAAGAUGCUGGCCACUGUUGGCGUGGGCCAGGAUCAGCAAGAUCUGCUCACGCUGAGUGUGGUGGGCGCAAAGAUGUUGGGUGUGACCCCGUGCAGAAACGAGCGGCUUGUGGGAGUCUUUUGA